AUGGAGGGAUGCGUCCGGCGUGCGGCCGCCCGCGUCCGUGUCGUGGAGUGCUUCGUGUAUGGUAGGUUUCCGGCCUGGUCGCCCGGUCCGUUGCGUGAUGGUCUUCGAGUCUGCGAGACCCGCGGGACUGGCCGUGCGUGUGAUUCCGUGAUGGCGCUGCGGGCCCGUGACGGUCCGGCCCCGGCGGAAACGGGGAAUGGGCGGUCUCGUGAGUGGCACCGGUACGACAACGUGCGCCCCCGUGGUCUGCUCCGUGACGUCCUCGUUCCGAGAGGGUGGGGGGGGGGGGAUGUGUGGGGGGGGGGUGGGGGAGGGGGAGGGCGGGGGGGUGGGGGGGGGGGGGGGGGGGGGGGGGGGGGGGGGGGGGGGGGGGGGGGGGGGGGGGGGGGGGGGGGGGGGGGGGGGGGGGGGGGGGGUGGGGGGGGGGGGGGGGGUGGGGGGGGGGGGGGGGGGGGGGGGGGUGGGGGGGGGGGGGGGGGGGGGGGGGGGGGGGGGGGGGGGGGGGGGGGGGGUGGGGGGGGGGGUGGGGGGGGGGGGGGGGGGGGGGGGGGGGGGGGGGGGGGGGGGGGGGGGGGGGGGGGGGGGGGGGGGGGGGGGGGGGGGGGGGGGGGGGGGGGGGGGGGGGGGGGGGGGGGGGGUGGGGGGGGGGGGGGGGGGGGGGGGCGGGGGGGGGGAGGGGGGGGGGGGGGGGGGGGGGGGGGGGGGGGGGGGGGGGGGGGGGGGGGGGGGGGGGGGGGGGGGGGGGGGGGGGGGGGGGGGGGGGGGGGGGGGGGGGGGGGGGGGGGGGGGGGGGGGGGGGGGGGGGGGGGGGGGGGGGGGGGGGGGGGGGGGGGGGGGGGGGGGGGGGGGGGGGGGGGGGGGGGGGGGGGGGGGGGGGGGGGGGGGGGGGGGGGGGGGGGGGGGGGGGGGGGGGGGGGGGGGGGGGGGGGGGGGGGGGGGGGGGGGGGGGGGGGGGGGGGGGGGGGGGGGGGGGGGGGGGGGGGGGGGGGGGGGGGGGGGUGGGGGGGGGGGGGGGGGGGGGGGGGGGGGGGGGGGGGGGGGGGGGGGGGGGGGGGGGGGGGGGGGGGGGGGGGGGGGGGGGGGGGGGGGGGGGGGGGGGGGGGGGGGGGGGGGGGGGGGGGGGGGGGGGGGGGGGGGGGGGGGGGGUGGUUACCGGUUCGGGACGCAGCACUAUAA